GGAGAGGAGCCGGGGGAGCGCGCGGCUCUUCUGGGUGGCGCGCGCGCUCGUAUGUAAAUGAGCGGGCGUGAGGUCAGAGGCAGAUGGAAAAGGGAACAGACAGAAUGGCCGCCGCGGCUCCCGCUCCUCCUGCCGCCGCCUCCCAGUGCCGGAGCCCCCGCUGCACGGCGGAGCGCAGGGGAGUCCGCCGAGAACUCGACUCCUGGCGGCACCGGCUCAUGCACUGUGUGGGUUUUGAAAGUAUUUUAGAAGGGCUUUAUGGACCAAGGCUACGAAGAGACCUCAGUUUAUUUGAAGACUGUGAGCCAGAAGAGCUGACUGACUGGUCUAUGGAUGAGAAAUGUUCCUUUUGUAAUUUACACAAAGAAACAGUCAGUGAUCGUGCAUCAGUUAUCGGUUCUUCACAGUCAACGCCUACAGAGGAACUGUCAUCUCAGGGCCAGUCCAACACUGAUAAGAUUGAAUGCCAAGCAGAAAACUAUCUAAAUGCACUCUUUCGAAAGAAAGAUCUUCCUCAGAACUGUGAUCCUAACAUUCCCCUAGUUGCUCAGGAAUUAAUGAAAAAAAUGAUCCGUCAGUUUGCGAUUGAGUACAUUUCAAAAAGUAGCAAAAUUCAAGAGAACAGAAAUGGUUCAUCGUUUGAACCAAGUCUGAUAUGUAAAAGUAUCCAAAUGAACCAAACGGAAAACUCCCUUCAGGAAGAACAGGAUAGCCCUCUAGACCUCACUGUGAAUCGAACUCAAGAACAGAAUACUCAGCAAGGGGAUGGAGUGCUAGAUCUCUCUACAAAGAAAAGCGCAAGGUUGGAAGAACCAAAAUAUGAUCCAUUGUGUUCUGAAAACUCAGUGUCUGGUUCAAGCUCAACAGCUGAUGCAAAUUCAGAGGAAACAGCUAAUUUGGAAAAAGGAAAAUCAACAUUAAACAAAGUUUUGGAGUCUUUUUGUUCAUAUCACUGGCAACAGACUUUGGCUAUGUUAAAAUUUUUAAUACAAGAGGAAAAUGUUCCUAUAGUUUGCAGUUGCAAGCAAACACAUUUGGUCCACUCUGAAACUCCCAGUUCCCUUGCUGAAGAGGAUGUUCAUGUUUCAUUUUGCAAUUGCAAUGGACAUAUGCUGACAAAAAGGUGCUGUUUACAAAAUCAAAGACCAAACACUUGUUUACCACCUCUGUCUGUUUGUAUUAAAGAUUUCCAUUCUUUGUCAUGCCAAGCUGUAGCGAUUGGAUGUAUUAAGACAAUGGUGAACAAAGCAUGUAGUUCUCAUAAGUAUUGUGCUGAACAAUUGCAAAAUUAUAACAGGCAUUCUGGGAAAGCAGCAGCAUGUACAUAUUCAACUAAGGAUUGUGAUCUCUUGAACAGCAUUAAAAAUUUGAGUAGAUCUCGCAGCCCAUCACCACCUCCACUAUCACCUGUACAGAGUAAAGAAUUUGAAUCAUCGGAAGGAUUGGUUAUAGAUUUUCCAACUUUAGACAAUAACAAGCUUGAAAUAUCCAUCAACCAGCCUCCAUCCCUCUUGCCAGCUGAAGGAAGCAAAGGAGAAUUUGAAUAUGAAGGUAAAACAGGCAGAGGAAAAGAGGCCGAAUAUUCAGAUGGAACGUUGCUAUCAACAGACCAAGAAAGCAAUGAUUAUUAUGUAAAUUCUGAGAAGGCUGAGAAAGGUGAACAUUCUGCCAUUUUUCAAGAUUUAAUGGACCGUAUUAAUGAAAAGUUAAAAUCAAUAGAUACUACAGAUAUUGCAACAAAUCUUGUAAAGCUUUCUAGCAGUGACAGGGCACCAGAAAAUGAUAUCAAAUUGGGAGACUUCAUAACCUCUCUCUUGCAUAAUGCUAAAGCAAGUGAUUACAGCUUUAUGGAAUUACUUCACCAACAUGAUAAACAAAUGGAAAAUAAAAUUAUACAAACACGAUUUCGCAAGCGUCAGGAAACUUUAUUUGCAAUGUAUAAUUCGCCUGAUUCACCAUUCAUUCGACGACAGUCUUUGCAAAUCAAGAGGGAGCUUGCAAGCCUUGAUGGAACUCUUGUAAGAAAAAGGUCAAUUUCAGAGAGAAAUGCAAAGAAAUCUACAAAAAAAAUCGAUAAAAUAUAUCCAAAUAAAAGACACAGUUUUACUGUGAUAGAAGAUGAGACUUUGCAACAUCUUGAAAGUAAUCCGUGUGUGAAUUGCCAAACCAAACCGAUGUGCUUUCCUGUACACCAAACAGAGCCUUUCAAACUACCUCUUACUAAUUUUCAAACCAGCUCCGGCUUUCUAGUUCUUUCAGAAAACAGUCCUAUUGCAGCCAGCCAGCCAAAACUCACAAAAACACAAGGAGAUUGCGCAUCCUUAGGAGAGACUGAUCAGAUUCCUCUAAAGGAUGAGAGUAAUGGAAUCUUGGGCAGAACUAAACGUAACAUUGUGCCUCCUGGAUGGUACUCGGUGUAUGUAACGAACAAUAUUGUGUUUAGAAAGUCAUCCAAUGCAAAAAAGUCUUUAGAAAGUUUGGAAAAAAUGAAAAUAAAGAAAGAUGGUCAUGCUGAAAGAUGCAGUGACAUAAAUAUAAGCAAAAUUGUGAGAGACACAAAUCUGCAAGUUGUUGUAGAGCGUUUAGAAGAUACAAUAAGCUUAGCCAGAAAGACUAACAACUCAUUGCUGGACAGUUACAAAAUAAGCCAAAAAUUAAAAGAUAAUGUUUAUGAACAAGUUAUGAACCCAGCUGCUAGAAGAGGCUUACCCUUCACUCUGAGUGAAAUGGGAUGCACAGGACAAAGCUUCCUUCCACACUCACAUGUGCCAAGCAGCAGUAAAACCAAAACUCUGAGUGUGACAACAAACAAACGAGAAAUGGUUAUAGAUCAAGAAAUUAAUGAUAGCCUUUUGAAAACUCUGACCUUUGAUUCAUCCAGUUCGACUUCUAAUAAUGAGGAUAUGCAUACAACUUCUGUAGCUGGGGAGAUCUCAUCUCCCUUAAACUACUCUAGUCCUAUUAAGCUUAUGUUUGUCUCAGAGGUUAAUAGUAGUGAAGGAGUCAAAUAUACAUUGACAUCUGCAGCUGCAUCUUCUAAAGGAAGCACAGAUAUUUGUUUGUUUCAGGGGCACGUAAACACUUUGUUAGACAAACAGGCCGCAGGAGAUCUUUCUCAUGCAAUCUGUGUCAAGGAUCGUGAUUACAAUGAAAAUGAUACGAAGGAAGAGUCAAGUUGUGUUUAUGCAGAAGCAAUUACAAGCUCUUGUCCAGUUGGUCAAACUAACUUAAAUGACUCAAAACAAAAUGACGAAGUUGUGGAGAAAUCAAGCAGUAGCAGUGAAUCAGUUUUAAAAAGAAAACCUGGCAGACCAAAGAAAAUAGGUCCUCAAGUUGUUAAGCAGGUUAAGAGACCUAUUGGACGGCCCCCAAAACCAAAAAUAGAUGUGACUGAAAGCACAGAACGUAGACCUGAACUGAGCAGUGACGGUAAAAGUACCAAAUCUGGUGCAGCAGUAAUAGAAGAAGUUAACAGCAACAAAAAUAUUACUGUGACAGUUGUUUUCGGAAGGUCAAGAAGAACUAAGAGACAUGUUUCUGAAGGUAAUCUAAAUGUAAUCGGUAUUCUGCCCACACAACACAUUGAUUCUAAUUUUGCUAAUCACCACAGCAAAGCGAGGCACGAUGCAGAAAGUGAAAAUGCUCUGACUGAAAUAGUAAAAGCCUUACAGAAUUCUUCUACUGAAAAUGAGGUGUCUGGUUAUGACUAUGUCAGACCUAUCAAGAGUAACCUAGCAUCACCACAUCCUUGCAGCAAUAUUAUACGGCCAAUUAAGAAACCGUUAACCACCAUUCGAAAACCUGGUAGGCCAGCAAAAGUAAAAAUCUCCGGCAUAUCAGUGACUGUUAAUAGAGUUUCACCUCAGGAAAGAAAAGUGAGUAUUAGUAACUGUUUGCCUCCUUUGCAACAGCAGACCGUGUUAGAAAAAAACAUACCACAGGAGAGAAAAAAUCAACUGUGCAAUAACAUAGGUCAAGUAAAGAGCAUGCAGAAAGAUUCUAGAGAGGAUGGAUCAAACAAUGUCAUUGCAACAGUGUCAAGAAAACGUGAAAUUCCGUUGAGACAUUCUGCUAGAGACAGAAAACCCUCACUGCAUUUUUUACAUUCAUUAGCAUCUUCUAGUGCGUUUACUUGUAGAAGUGCCUUACUACAUAAAUCUUACAAACUCCAUCUGAAAAAAGCUAAAGAUCGCAAGGAAAAACAUAGGCAAUCAAAUCAGAGCAGAGCAUCAAAAGAUACCUCAGAACUGAGAAAUUCAGGAAAUGCAAAAAAGGAUCUUAAGGAUGGUGGUGAAUUUGGGCCCAUUAAUGAAGUAUCAUCGGAUCCCAUUUUUUCAUCAAAUCCCUCUCUCAGGUGGUGGGCUACUUCCACUUCAAGUGACACUUUAUUGGAAGAACUAAAUAAUAGAUUUGAACAGAUAACUAAUACCUGGUUGCGAGUGGGGGGAAAUGAGUUUGAUAAAUGUGUAUGUGAAAAAAGGGAUCCCAUUGAACAAGAGUGUAAUACUGAAAUGUCAAACCAUUUAGACUCCUGCCUUGUAGAAUUUGAAACAUCACCUAUAAAAAUGCUUUUUCAGAAAAAGUGUGAUAUGAAUGAACUCUGCACCUGGUUUAUGCAAACUACAGAAACACAGUCGCUCUCUCUAGUGAGGAAGGCAAAUGCUCGCAAUCCUUUAGAAGUAGUUAGUACUAGAGAGAUAAAGAUGGAAACUAAACAAUCUGAUCUUAGUAGCUGCCCUUUCAGAAAGCACUUUAAAAAGUUUGCACUAUCCUCUCCUUCAAAACCAGCAGGGAAAUUACAAAUAUUACAUAACAUGGUGAGGUCUCCAGUCUUAAGCAUGAAAAAUAAUUUCAUGUUAGCCAGAUUAAAAAGAAAUGAAUUUAAGAAGUUACAGUGUGAUAGGUGGGGGCAAACAAAAAAACUAUAUAAUCAGGCUCCCGGAGGCUGGAAAUCAAAAAAGAAAAAUUUACCGUUCUUUUGCCAAAGCCAGUUGUUUAAAAGUCCAAGUGGGGAAACCAAUGAUGAAAUGCCCAAGCUCCAGGAAAAAAAUACGGUAGAAAUCCAGCCCACUCAGACUUUGGUAGACUCUCACAGUAUCCUCUUGCCAACUGAAAAUGAAGCCAGAGAUGUUCAACAGAUGAUGGGAUCUUCUGACUUUAACCAACAUCCUGGUUUAGCAAAUAUACUUAAGUCACAUGCAGAGACAAAUGGAACAAUUUGUUGCCAACAAAACAUUAGAAAAGAACAAAGCCAAGAUAAACUGUUUCAAAAUACUUGGAAAGCCAAAACCUUUAAAGAUUGUAGAAUAUUUCUGAGAAAAAUCAACCAUAUUGAGCAGCACAAUUCAUUUAAGUUAAAUAAUGUCAUUUAUUCUCCUGAAGCUGUUGAAAGUAAGAGCAAUCAGGCCUAUAUGGAAGAAAAAAGACAUCCUCUUUUAAGAUCCUAUUCUACUAAGCAAAAUGCAUUAAAGAAACAAGAAAAUGAAAUGGAAACAACUAAAGGAUCUAAUUCUUCUAAAGUGACUGAAAGGCUGGAUGACCAAUUUCACAGCAGAAAAUUUAGUGGUGGUGUAAACCAUGAUGAUAAUCCUGCUGGUAGUUCUGAAGUCCUUAUCAGAAUAAACAAAAGAAAAAGUCCACAAUGGGAUACCACUGACACAAAUAUAAGAAAAAGGCAUAAGAGACAAUCAUGCAGUAGUGGACAAAUGGCAACUUAUUACCCAAAGUACCAAGUAGGUAAGUUCCUGUUCCCCCCUUCAUCUUAAAAUUGCAAUCUUAAAGAAUUGGAGAAGUCAAACAACUAAGCACUUUGGAUUUAUUUUUUUUAUUGCAUGAUACUCAGAUACUAAUUUCAGCGAAGUCAUGAAAUUAAACAUUGUAUAGCAUCAGAAUAAUGCCAAAAGUGCAAUUUUAAAAUGUAUAUGAUAUUUUACACAAAUCGUUUAGCUACGGUAGGUGUGUUACAUUCUAUUACAGCUGUAACACACCAAGAUAAAAGAGAAAGAGGUAACUAAUACAGUUCAGACAGACAACAAAUCAAAUUCUGACAUAUCUGAAGUCAGUCGCAACUGGUUAUUAAUUUCAAAAGGAAUAGAAUUUUAUUCCACUGCGUAGUUUCUCAUAUUGUGAGGAAGGGUAAAUUCUAAAAUGAAGCAGAAAUUCAGUGUAUUAACAUAUAGCUGUUUAAAAAAAUUGUUAUUGAAUGAUUUCUAAUGUAAAUCUGUAAUGGUUUUAUAAUUAUACAGCAAAAGAUAGUAGUAUGUACUUCUAAGAAGUAUUAAUUCAGAGAUCCGUUUUAGUAUCCAUUCAGCGCUGACUCGAAAGGAUUUGCGCAUUGAAUCCUUAGAGAACAAUUUAAAAUGCAAAAUUAUUCUACACAAAUACAAUAUACAGUUACUAUGCUAAAGGCAUUGGCUUGGAAUCUUUUUAGGCUAGUGUGAAAUUAAAUCCCUUUUUAAAGCUAGAUAUUUAUAAUACAUUGUAAUACAACUGUGAUCUCAGAAAGGCCAUUAUAUUACAAAGAGGGUACACUUGUGAAAUUAUUUCUUUUGUUGGGUGAAGAGAUCUCUUGAAACAGAAGUCUCAACUCAUUUCAGUAAAAUACCUAAGGUGUGAAAUACUCACCAAGUUAAAAAAAAAAAAGUUCUACAAUGGGAAUUAAAUUACUGCAGAAGCAAGAAGCAUUCAUUUGUAGAAACAAUAUUGUAUUAGCUAAUCUGAUUAUAUUGCCCGAAGAAUAAAAAAAACUAUUCAAAAUAUUAGAGCGAAAUCUAAUGUCCCCCUUUGUAUUCCACAUUGUAGAAAACUGUCCCUGAUAAUAAACUGAAAAGUUAAUUUAAAUUGUAAUAUAAACAA